UCGAAAACGAGACACAGGGAAGUAACUCGAAGAAAAUGGUUGAUUGUGUUGAGAAGUGGGUGAUUGACGAUCGCCCUUUAAAACAAGUGCUGGGUUGAAGUAAACUUGCCCAGUUACACUAUGACCACUUCGGUUCCAAAAGACUACGAUGUCACGUUUAAAGUUUUGGUUCUCGGCGAUUCUGGAGUCGGGAAGACAUGUUUAGUGCGGAGGUUCACAGAUGGCGACUUCACUGCAAACUUUUUAUCCACAAUUGGAAUUGACUCCAAAACAAAACUGAUACAAGUUGACAAUGUCAAAGUGCGACUACAGAUUUGGGACACUGCAGGACAGGAAAGAUUUAGGACUCUCACAAGUGCCUAUUACAGAGGAGCAAUGGGAAUCAUGUUGGUUUAUGAAGUAACAAAUGAGUCGUCUUUUAAUAAUAUCAGUAGUUGGCUUGAAAACAUUGAACAAAACACAGAGAAUGAUGUGUGCAAAAUAAUGGUGGGAAACAAGUGCGAUGCAAGUGUUGAGGAGAGAGAAGUGACAGAGUCAAGAGGGAGUCAGAGAGCUGCAGAGUUCAAUCUUCCUUUCUUUGAGGCAAGCGCAAAAACUGGGACAGGAGUUGUUGAAGCGUUUAUGUCCCUAGCAAACAUCAUAAAGCAAAGGAAUGACAUCAAGGAAAGUCAACUGUCUGUGAAAGAGCUUUCACCGUUUCAAGGUGUCUCAGCUGAUUCCUCGAAGAGUGGUUCUUGCUGCAGAUAGCUUUCAAAGGUAUUUCUCUUAUUACAAAAACGCAUUUUUCACACAAAUCUCUUAUCAAUAUAAAUAAUUUGACAUUUUGAUAAAAGUAUUCGUGAUUUUUACAACAACAGUUUACUUUACGCGAGAGUUAACCCUAAAAUUUUGAACUUGGAGCAAUCAAUGAUUUUUUACCUUAAUGUAUGUGCACACGGCGGUUAUCUUGUAAAAUAUGCUAUACAAUAAAAUUUCUUUGGAGAA